AUGACAACCUCGUUUACAUCGCUCCCUAUUGUGGAUCUCGCGCCGCUGUCGAGCGACUGCGCGACUGAGGACGAUCUGGUGCAGCUAUCGACGAGGCUGCACGAGGUCUUUGCGACAGUCGGCUUCGCCUAUCUGAUCAAUGCGCCGCUCUCUUUUGACCACGAUGACGUUUUUGGCAUGGCAAAAGACUUCUUCCGCCUCCCCGAGGAGACCAAGAUGAGCGUGGCCAAGAAGACGUUUCGAAAGGCCAAUUCCAACACCUACAGAGGAUACUUUCCUGUGCAACCGGGUGCUGAUUCUCAAAAUCUCAAGGCCGGAUUCGAGCUCGGCCCGUCGCAUCGGCUACCCGCUUCGUCGCGGCCGUCCACCUCGCCCUUUAUCCUCACCGAGCCCAACUGCUUCCCGUCGUCGGCGCAGUUCAGCUCACACGACCGUCUCGAGACUUUUUACGCCGAGCUCUCAUCGCUUUCCAACACACUCCUCGCGCUGCUCGCCUCGUCGCUUGGCAAGAACCCGGCCUCGUUCACGUCCAUCAUGCGCAACAGCGUCUCGACACUGCGUCUGCUGCACUACCCCGGUCACGCGUCCGAUGCCUCAUCUCCUUCGGAAGAGGGAGAAGAAGAAAAGCUGAGCUGCACGCCACACACCGACUCUGGCCUGCUGACGCUGCUUCACCAGGACGCCACGGGCGGACUCGAGGUGCGCAACGCCGAGGGCGCCUGGAUCCCCGCGCCGCACGUGCCCGGCAGCGUCGUCGUCAACGUCGGCGACCUGCUGGCGCGGAUGAGCGGCGGGCGCUUCGUGGCGACGAUGCACCGCGUGCGCAGCGCGGCGGCGGAGCGCUUCAGCGUGCCAUUUUUCUCGGAGCCGGGCGUGGACGCCAUGGUCGGGGAGCGCGGCAAGGAGGUCCGGUACGAGGAGUUUGUGCUCGACAAGAUGGGCACGUGGGUCGAGUUCCAAGACGAGAUGGAGGAGAUGGAGAUUAUGAGCGCGGUGAGCGCCAGCUCCGAGGUGCACGCGUAUUAG